ACUGGAAGUCCCUCUCCUAUACCCGUUCAUUCAAAGCAACUUCUUCACUCUUUCCUCGCACUCAGUCCAACCCCUCAAGAUGGCUGUCGCAAGACCCAUUCGCAUGCUGGGUGCGUCAUGCAUCAUUCUCAUUCUCUUUCUUAUCUUCCAAAUGAACAGGGGACCUACCUUCAUUAGUAAGGGGUCCAAAGAGUAUACCGGCAUACAAAAUGACCCCCUCAAGGAGGUAACCGGAGAACCCGAAGGGCAAUUAUGGCGAGCCGACGAGCACGACUAUGCCCCCGAUAGUGCUAACUCCGCCCGGACCAACGCGGCGCUCAUCUCCCUCGUCCGGAACGAAGAGCUAGAGGAAUUGAUUCCGACGAUUCGCGAUCUCGAGCGCACCUGGAAUAGCAAAUUCAAUUAUCCCUGGAUAUUCUUCAACGACAAGCCGUUCACGGAGGAGUUUAAGAAGCGCACACAAGAGUUGACCAAGGCGAAGUGUUACUAUGAACAAGUACCGAAGGAACACUGGGAUGUCCCUAGUUGGAUCAACAUGGACCUCUUCCGCGAAUCGGCCCAGGUACUGAAGGAGCAAGGCAUUCAAUACAGUGACAAGGUGUCCUACCAUCAAAUGUGUCGCUGGAACAGUGGCCUGUUCUAUAAGCACCCAGCCCUCGAGAAAUACCGUUACUACUGGCGUGUCGAGCCCAAGGUUCAGUAUUUCUGUGAUGUCGAUUAUGAUGUGUUCCGAUACAUGGAGGAUCGCAAUAUCACAUACGGUUUCACCAUCAAUCUUUUCGACGCCCCCCAGAGUAUUCCAACACUCUGGCCGGAGACGAAGAAGUUCCUUGCCGCGAACCCUACAUACCUGUCCGAUAACAACAUGCUAGAGUGGCUGACGGACGACCAAUUGCGGCCAGAGCACACUCGGGACGCAAAUGGAUACUCGACUUGCCACUUCUGGUCUAACUUCGAGAUCGGUGAUAUGGAAUUCUUUAGAGGAGAAAAGUAUUCCGCCUACUUCAAUCAUUUAGAUCGCGCAGGUGGCUUUUUCUAUGAACGGUGGGGCGAUGCUCCUGUUCACUCGAUUGGUGUGGGCUUGUUCGCAGAUGCGGCGAAGGUUCAUUGGUUCCGUGAUAUUGGCUACAACCAUAUCCCCUACUUCAACUGCCCUAACUCUCCCAAAUGUUCCGGCUGCACUCCUGGCAAGUUCUACGCCGGUGAGCCCUUCUUAGCCAAGGAGGAUUGCCGGCCGAGCUACUUCAGACAUGUCGGAACCCAUUAAACUUCCAUCGCAAUAUCAUUGCUUAACUUGGCAGCGCGGGCAGCGACAGGCAGCAGCCAUAUCCGCCUGGCACGGACUAGGCUUGCGUCAACCACAACCGGCCUAGUUUCUCUUGAUGAAUCUGUGUUUUAUCAGACUUGGGUCUCGGGCGAGUCUUCCUCAGGCCCUAAAACCCCUCUUUAUCUGACAUUUAACGACUUUAGUGCGCGACUAUCACGACUGGUUGG